GCAGUGUCUUGUGGGUAAUUUAUGGUAUAUGUUUUGAGCAGAGCUAACCUCGCAGAUAUUCGUCUCUUUCACGGGAAUAUAAAAUUUUAAAUAGUUUUUAUAAAGCAUGGUGCAAGUUUUUGGUACGCGCCACUUAGUAUUUUUCACCUUUAUCAUGCAGAAGAUCCACAAUUCGUGAAUGUGUGAAGUUUUGGUGAAGCAUUUGUUAGAAUUUUAGAAAGCUAAGUUGCUAAUCUAGCCUCGAAAACGGAGAAAUGAUUCUGAGCAGAGGUGUGGAGACUUUGAUUUAACACUUUAUGUCGACAUUUGUUUGGAGUUAUGAGGGGUAUUUUUCACGUUUUGAAGCCCCUUUGUAGCCUGGUGAAAUAGUCCAGGUUCUCCUUUGUUCCAGUCGCAGCGCUGUAUUGAUUGUUUGAGUGGAGAGAGAUCGAGAAAAGCCGAACAGAUGGAUGAAAGUGCCGAAAACGUGGAUAACGACGACAUAGUGAUCAUCGUGGAGAAUGAAGCCGAGAGUCUGCCUGCUGAAGAGGAGAGGAUGAAACAGCAGGGCACAUUUGGACUCAUGGACACCUGUCCCAUCUGUAAGCUGAGCUUCCACAGCAGAGAGCCCAAACUGCUGCCGUGUCUGCACUCCUUCUGUAAGAGAUGUCUGCCGCCCCCCUUCAGGAGCGCCGAGCCCAGGAGGGACCCUCAGGGACAAGCAGACCACAACAAACCUUGUGAGGAUGGGCUCUUUGCUCAUAUCAAGUCCUGUGAAAAUUCUAAGAAAGAUGUGGUAAUAGGAGGAAAUGUGUCAGAUAACAAAGCUGAUGUGCACAUUAUUCAUUUCAUACAAGAACAGUGAGAUAUCACAAUUAGUCAUUUUCAGGGCAGUUUACGAAAAACUCCUGUGAGGAGGUUUAAGGUGUCAGAACAGACUGAGAUUAAUGAAUGACCUAUACAAGCAAAUAAGAGCACGAGUGGGAAUGGUGAUUGUUUUCAGUUAUUUCCACUGUGGCAGGGGGUUUGCAAGCUACUGAAAGUAUAAAAAGAGAUACUAAUGCUGAUAUAUUUUAAAUUAGAGUUUGUUGAUGAAGGAACAUGUGACUAUUAAAGGGAUAUUCCGGCGUAAAAUUAAUUUAGGGUCAAACACACCGUAACACAGAUUGAGACACCCCCCCCCCCCGAGAGAUGAAUGAUGCUGACUGCUUGCUUCUCUAGUUAUACCAACUUUAGUAACGACCACUCAACAGCAAUACACAGCGGUCUGAGGAGCCAUAAACAAACCUCAACCAAAACGCCACUCUAUAGCUCAGAACAGCUCCUAACUUCAUCAACUGUACAUAUAGGGUCCCAGCCACAGCACUAGCAACCAAACAUCUUUUUAGCUUUGCCUAAUUCCUUUAGCAAAGAGACUAAACACAACUCACCUACUCUCUUCUAGCAGCCGCUUGUUUGUAGCGAGACCUUGGGUCAGUCCAUUACGGACUGCAGCGGGGUGACGCAGCUCAAGGAAGAACGUUUAUGAUCAUUACUUUAUCAUUUCCUUGAAGUAAUAAUCACCAUAUUAAUCAUUUUGCACUGCAGACGUGGUAGUUCUUCUGCCUUAGCGUCUUAGUCUGAUUGCAUUUCCAUGAAGAAAUGAUCAUACAUCAAACAAGCGGCUGCUGGAAGAGAGUAGGUGAGUUGUGUUUAGUCUCUUUGCUAAUGAAAUCAGGCAAAGUUAAAAAGAUGUUUGGUAGCUAGUGCUGUGAUUGGGACCCUAUAUGUACUGUUAAUGAAGUUAGGUGCUGUUCUGAGCAUUAUUUGUGGCUACAGAGUGGUGUUUUGGAUGAGGUUUGCUAUCUGUGGCCGUAACUAAAGUUGGUAUAACUGGAGAAGCAAGCAGUCGGCAACAUUCAUCUCUCAAGGGGGUGUCUAACUCGGUGUUACGGUGUGUUUGACCCUAACUUAAUUUUAUGCCGGAAUAUUCCUUUAAAAUAGACCUGGACAGGAUUUUUUGUUAUUAACACUGACAUAUAUUGGAGACAAAAUCCGUCAAGACUGCUUUGUCCCUGAGUGUGUCAUAAAAUGACUCAAAUGAAAAGUUCCUCUGAAGGGCUUAAAGUAGAAGUAAAACAAACAAGCUGUGAAUCUGCUAAAGAAAAAGCUUUAAAAUGUACCAAAAGUAUCAAGUAUUAAUUAUUUGUAAUGCACAGGGUUGCAGGGACCAAGGUAUGCUCCCAGAUUUCGAAUGAACAUUUUUGUUCUCAAACUAGUCAUUGAAAACAAACAAUAAUACUGUUGUGAGCACUGAUUUACACUCUGCAUUUAUCCAGUGUGAAAUUAUUUAAUAUUUUUGCUGCAUCUUUUGUCAGGAUUGCACAACUGUGGUAUUAUGCUAAGCAAAAAAUAGUUUAUUUGACUUAUUUUAAUGGGUAAAAAUACAACUAGAUUAGACUUUUUCUGUGGAAACAUCCUUCAGUCAGCUGGCUGUCAUAGGGUAGAUAGACAGUUAAAUGUAGCUAAGUAUAGUACUCUAAACAGAUAAUAAUUUAGUAAAAAAUAAAAUGACUUAUCUUAGAACUGAAACAGUACAAGUACUCAGAAAAGCUGCUCAGUAACUGUAACUGUAGUAAAUGUUAUCACUUACUUUCUGCUGCACGCUGAGCUCUUGCCAUAAGACAUCUUGGACUUUUACCUUAAGGCUGAGUUUGUCUUUGAAAUGAUAGAGCUGUUUAUCGAGUUGUAAGUGAGCUAAAAUCUUCAAUGGUUCAUCUGAUCUCUUGCUCCAGUGGGUGCCCUUCGAUGUCCAGUAUGCAGACAGGAAUGCUGGGAGAUGGAUGUGUUGGAUAAUUUCUUUGUUAAAGAUUCUGCUGAAGUACCGAGCAGCACAGUGGAGAAAACCAGCCAGGUUGGUUAUCACUCUCAUAGGUUUGUUUUUUAAAUCCCCCCCUUCUCCAAAGCCUCAGUGUUGCUUUUGCUAAGUCUUUUGUUUUUUUCUUGUUGGAUAGGUGUGUAUGAGCUGUGAAGACAACACAGAGGCGACAGGCUACUGUGUCGAGUGUGUGGAGUUUCUGUGUGUGACUUGUAUCGAGGCUCACCAGAGGGUCAAGUUCACCAGAGAUCAUACCAUACGCCAGAAGGAGGAAAUGUCACCAGGUAGUGUACAUCAUGCAGAACAUUAAAACAUAAAUGAUUAAAUGUACCAAAGAGUGAUAAAUUAUUGCGACUAUGCAUCUUAUAUACUAUAAUUAAUGCUUUGAUUCAGUGAAAAGGUGGAAGAGAGCGGGGCUGUAUGAUAUCAUCAGAUGAACAGAGAGAUUGGCAGACACUUUAGGGUAGACAGCAUAGGUGUUUAAAAAUGAAGAAUUUCACAUAUUGCCAUUGAUGAAAAUUAAGAGCAGAAAAUUUUAGAUUACAAAUUUAGGGAUGGUCAAAGCGAAGUUCUUUUCCUCACUAUUUGUGUCAGAAAUAAGUGGUUAACCUGAAAUUAAAAUGCAAAAAUAGUUUUCAAUAAGAGCAUUGAAAUGUCUAUAAACUAUCAAAGUUCCUUUUCUUACAUCUACCUCGACCAGCUUGAAUGCAUCAGAAGUCUAGAAUAGUUGCGAUAAUAUUUAUUUUUCACAACUGACACUAGACUUAAAAAUCUAGGUCUAGUUCCAAUAUGCUCAUCCUACAGCAAGAGUAUAGAGAUAAAUCAGAGCCUUUAAAAGAAUGCCUAAGGUGGUAUCACUGCUGUUCAGAAGACUUGUAGAUAGCAGUGAAUUUAUAAGACUUUUUAAAAGAUGUUAAAAAGGCUUUUUUCCACCUUCCAGAGUCGCCAUCGGUGUGCAACUUAAACAGAUAAUGACAAUGGUAUAAGCUGACUUAAUAUUUCUCCAUUUCUCCUAAAGCCUUUUUUUAUUUGUCUCCCAGAAGCAGUUGGUAUUUCCACACAGAAGCCCGUAUUUUGUGAUAUCCACAAGCAAGAGGCACUGAAGCUGUUUUGUGAGACCUGUGACCGCCUCACCUGUCGAGACUGUCAGCUGCUGAAGCACAAGGAUCACAAGUAGGCUGUGGUUUUUAUUUAUGUACCGCUACAAAAAAAAAAAAAAACCCAUCAUGUUAUAUUUAUCUCCUCAGAUAUACUCAUUUGUUUCCUGUCCUUUGACAGCUUGCAGUGUUGUUGCAGCUACUAUGUAGAUUAUUCUGUGAGCAUGCUUCUGAUUGAUCUGAAUGCUGCAGGUUUGCAUUAGCUGUCAGUGUCCAAAUUGUUCGUUUUUGUGUACAGUUACCAGUUUUUGGAGGAUGCAUACAGAAACCACAAGCAGUAUCUGGAGAACAUGACACAGCAGCUGCAAGAAAAAAGAAAAGCCAUUGAGGAGGUGUCUAACUGUAUCAGCACCGGGUAAACUCUUUUCCUACUCCUGCAAGUUGAUCCAAGCUUUUGUUUAGACAGAAUCCACUCUAAAUCUGACAAAUUCACUGCAAUACUUUGUUCUUAUGCAUAAAUUUACUGUAUUACAGACAAGUUAUUGCCAAGACUUAUUCCAAAACUGAUGCCAAAUAAAUACGAGACAUGCUGAUUUUUUAAAAAUGUAAUGAUUGUAUUGAUUCUCAGACUCCAGCAAGUGGAAGAAAACAAGAGGGCUGUUACGAAUGAAAUCAAGAAGUCCAUCUGUAAUCUUAUCAUGGAGAUCAACCGCAAAGGAAAGAUUCUCAUCAACCAGCUGGAGGUUUGAUCAAUCUGCUGUUUUUGUGAAAUUUGAAAGCCAAAUUUAACGAUUAAAGGGGUAGUAUCAUGUUUUUCCACAUCUACAACAAAAAAUGCAAAGUAACAAUUUUUGGUGUCCAUAGUAGAUGUAUGCAAAGUUUCAAAUCACAAGGUGAAUGCAAGUUGUGAAAAACCUAGAAAAUAGAUGUAGACUGCUCAAAACUGGGGGGUGUCCUAGAUGGAGGGUGAAAUAAUGAUAUUUUAAUACACCAGGGUGAGAAACACAAGGAUUUUUUUGAUCUGAAAAUCAUGUAAAGCUAUUAAAGAAGUAUCAGAAUGGUAGUAUAGAGUCUGAAAAAAAGCUUAAUACCUCCUCUUUAAUGACUUUUCCUGACUGUAAAUUCACACUUUUCCUUCAAGGCUCUGACCAAGGACCAUGAGUCAAAUUUGAAAAAGCAGCAAGAGGAUGUCAAGUCCCUGAGCAGACACCUAGACUAUGUCAUCAACUUUACCAAAUGGGCCACGGCCAGCCACAGUGGAACAGCCCUCCUGUACUGCAAGAGACUGGUUAGUAGACUUUUGUGUUUUUUUUACCAUUCCACAUGUAUCAUUUACAUCCUCACUGACUCCUGGAAAUAUUGUUGUUGUUUUUCAGAUCCUGUUUCAGAUCCAUUACCUGAUGAGAGCGAGCUGUAACCCCUCAAUCGUCCCCCAGAGUUCAGUCCGAUUUCAGUGUCGCUCUGGUUUCUGGGCCACAAAUGUAGACCUUGGUAAGACUGUCGUCAUCGAACGCAAAAUGCAACCAUAAGUAUCCCUACCACUGAUGCCUACUCUGUAUAAGAGUUAAAGAAAAUUUAAACUGAUCAACAAUAGAACAAAAAAUUCUUCACAAAUAGUAUCUGGCCAUUGCAAAAAAAGCAGAUUGAAUCGAUCUCAUUUCUUAACACAAUCUCUUCCUUCUGUUAUCUUCUGUUCUGAAUGAAUGAUUAUCUUGACAGGAGUUAUAAACAAUAUUAUCAAUGGAAGCUAAAAGAAGCAGAAAUUCUGGAUGUAGUGGUUCUGAUUUAUUGGGAUACUAAAUUUAAUUCCCAACAGACUGUUAUUGUGGGAGGUUUAGUUUCUCAAGGACCUGCAUACAGCUUUUCUGAAAAAAUAUGACACUACAUUUUAGAUGUAGCAUUUUCCUGAUGUCGCCUAUUCUUCAGUCUCAAUACUUAGAGAGUACACCUUUUCCCAACAGUCCUGACACUAAUAUUAACAACAUAACAACAAUCUGUCUCGUCUAUCAUAAAAAAGCAGCCGGUGACUUCACUAAGAGUUAAGAGUUAUCGCGAAAACAUGAACUUUUCCCUUUUUUUUUAACUUUUCCAACAAAAUGUUUUUGAAAGACCCUCUACUUUAUGUUUAGUAUUAAGAAUGACCUCUAAAUCUUACUGUCAACUACUUUUUCCCUCUUUUUUUAAGUUGGAAACACAUAUUACAGCUCAGAAUAAUUUUUCAAAAUGUGCCAUGUAAUUUUUAUUAUUUUUGAUAUAGUAAAGAACAAAACCCAAACUGUUAGGUACACUUAGAUUAAAUAAGUAUUAAUGUCAGACUGGUUCUAGAUGGUCUUUGUGUUGUACGAUGUGGCUGCAAUGUCCUGAUUUACUCUUGAGUUUAUGUUUGUUUAUGUUUGGGAGCACAACUCACUCCAUGUGAAUAUGUCAUAUACAGUAUGUCAAGCCUGUUUUUGGCAGCUGCAUGAGGCUUCAAACUACCCUCUGGCAAUGUCAUUCAAGUCAACAUCUGUUGGAAAUUAAGAAAUAAGAUCUUAGGAUGUUGAGUGGGUGGUCUGAGGAUAUGUUGCCAGCUCCCAGAGGACGAUUUGAAGAGGAGCUAAAGAAGUUUUAAGAGUGCUUGAUCACAUGGCGAGGAAUGAGUCGUAACGUUAUUAUAUGCUUAAUUAUUUUCUCCAGGUUCUCUGGUAGUAGAAAGGGGACCUGGCCGGCCACCUAUCCCCAACCACCAGGCAGGUCCCAGACCAGAAGCCCCCACGGGAGGUCUCACAGCAGCUCAACAGAGACAGAGCACGCUGGCUCAGCUUCAGAUGCAGGUAGGGUUUACAGCACAGUUUCCAGAUAUUGUAAUCAGACAAGUUUGUUAAACUCUUUAUGGAUUUUUUUUUUUACUGUAAGCUUUAAGAUUUAUUCAGUUGAUUGACAUUUCCUCUCAUCUAAGGUUGACAAGCUUUCCCAGCAUCCUCACAGGCAGCCCGGUCCUAACCACUGGUCCUGGUACCAAAAUGCCCAGCUCCCGGGACCCCCAGGCCCUCCACCCCCAACCAGACCCAUCCACGGCGGGUCCUCCCCCUCACAAGGCCCGCCCAGCUUGGUGCAGCCGGGGCGCAGAUACGGCACCUCCAACCCCAACCCUAGAAGUCCCACAUCAUCCAUGAUUCACAACACAAGAUUCCCACCACCUCAAGUAAGUGUUUGCAAGAAGAUGAAAGAGAACACAUUAUUCUGUAGUAAGGAUGUCAUGAUUUCAGGUUUUCUCUGUGGCCAUAAAAUAUCAUGAUAACAAUAUUAUUUCAAAAUUAACAGACAGCCUGAUAAACAUGGGUGGUGCAACAUAUUACUUCUUAAACUUUAAUAACCAGGGCUUGACACUAACUUUUUUCAACUUAGGAGCACAUGUGCUUCUAAGUUUAAAGAGUAAGAAACACACAAAGAACUUUAGGGGCACAGUGAAAAUUGAUCAAAUAAUGUGUGUCUUAUUGGUCGACAUAAGUACUAUUGUUUAAAAUCAAUUUUAGGUCUUUUGGUCACGUGACAUGGAAGCUAUUGAAGAAAACGUUCAAAAUUUGCCUUUAAAUUUAACACAAAAUUUUUAGAGGACGAAUUGGGGAACUAGAGAGGUGUGUCGUAUUGUCCGAGCUUAGUACUAUUAUUUGAAAUCAAUUUUAGGUCAAUUGGUCACAUGACAUAGAAGCUAUUUAAGGAAAACUGCCUUUAUUCAGAACAUCAACUGGUAAUUUAUUGAUGGUCCCUUAUUUAACACCCAACGUUGUCAGCGAGGGUGCUGAGUAGAUUUAACCACACUGCACUUGUCAUUCCCGGUUUUGGAGAGUGAGAAGACCCUGGUAGAUCCGCAGUGAAUGUCCGUCGAAUAUCCAACCUAAGACUAACGUCACCGCUGUAUUUACAUGAAAAAACAUUUGUUGCCUUGGCUGAUUUUUUUUAAUGCGCACGUGCCCCUAAAUAUAUUUUACAGUUUGCAAACGUCUAUUUUUAGUCGCAAAUGCGAGUGAAACAGUCACACUGUCAAGCCCUGAUAACUUACAUUCCUAACCAUCCUUUUCUUAUAAAUUUUCCAGCGUAUGAUUAAUCAGCCUCCCCAGCCCUCUGACCAAAACUCCUUUGGAGGAGCCUUCCUUUUAAAAUAAUUGUCAUAUUUUUAUUUAUUAUCAUGUCAUGUGCUUUGGGUGCUUUAUAUCCUGUGUUGUUUUAUUUGCGAACUAUGACCUUAAAAGUUGUUAAAGACAGUGACCUUCGAAGAGUCAGAUCAAACAUCAAACCCCUAGCACUGUCUUAGUCUUCAGCUGCCUUUGGUUUCAUGUAAAACUUGUUUAUUGUUCUCAAAAAUGGAGUUCACUCAGGUUUGUUUCUCUACGACAAACCUUCCUCAUGCCCUUUUCGGACUCUGGAUGCAUGCAGCAACUGGCUUCUGUCACACAUAGUAACUUAUGUUUGAUGCUUAGCUGGCCGUAAGGAAAAAUGAGCUGCUCUUACUCAGACUUUUUCUCCGUCUAGUCUCUGAGAGAAUUGAUCCGUAGCACCAGCUUCCCUCCUAAACCCAUGGAUAUGUUGCAGGGUACGUCCCGCUACCCGCAGCCUCUGACCGCUGGAGCAGCCACACAGACAUCACUGCUUCAGGUUGGUGGGAGAAGAGAUUUUAAAGCUACCAUGAUUUUGUGUGGCUUUGAGAAGCUAUUUUUACACCCUGAUUUUAUUUGUUUGUUUUCUAAAGCGGGGCCCUGUGGAGUCGUUUUACCAGAAGAGGAGUGACGCAGGUGCAUCUGUGCCCUCUAUCACCAUUUCCAUUCCCAAACCAAACCUCCCUCCAAAUCUAACUUCAGCAACUGCAGACAAACCCAGCACGCUUAACCACAUAUCAGGUGAUUAUUUAAGCUAUGAUGCAACAAAUUCCUUCAAUAUCUCUCCCAGUUUGGACAAAGAUGGAGGGUUGAGCUUCAAAUAAUAACAAAGUUGUUUUUCUCUUCUUCCUCUUUGAAGUUCAAGCAAGGCAGAACUCCCCGAUGGCCAAGCCGUCUUCUUCAGACAGAAGCACGGGGUAAGAAACAUCUACAAACUGUCCAGGUCCUCCCUUUCAUCCAGGAUUCAAUUCUACUGUCAAGUGUUGGACCUCAUUUUUAAGUAGUUGGCCUUUCACUGGUGUUGCUGUUGAUUAAGGGUAUCAGAUUCUUUAGUAUAAAAAGGAUUGGUUUUACAGAGGCCACAUUUUAUAACAUUUUUUAACCACCGUGAGAAUUCAAACUAAAGUCUGAGUCUUUGGACUGUGUAAUUAUCAAAUUAGUCUCUCUUUUGACAUUUUGGCUGAUGAUGAAUGUGAUUGUGUUUUAUUUAUUGAUGAGUUUCUCAUGCUGAUUUUUUUUCUUUGUUGUUUUAAAUAUUUCGUCAUCAUCAAUUUUAACACGUACACUGCAUGUAUACCAUAAGUUUUUCACAGUUUUAUCAAGUUUAAAUAUAUAUAAAAAAAACUUUGUAAUGCAAAACAUAUCAAUGACUGAUUCUUCAUCAUGCAGCACCAGCACUUUUUACUAUCAGACCAACAGUGAUAAUAGUUUGACCUCAGUCGUUGACCUUACUCCUUUGUCCUGUUUGACAGUGUACCUGACCUCCUCAAAAAUCUAUCUCUUUAUCAAUAUCUCAGACAUGACGUCCUUAUAAAACGCUUUGUAUGUUAUCACAAAAAUGUGACAUUCAAGCUAUUUAAAGGACAAGUUUAAAAAAAGACUCUCUGACUCAUCCUUAUUGUAUCACAGUCUCAGUCUUCUGAUCUGAUCUGUCCUUCAUUUGAAGGGCAUCUUCCUGGAAGCCAACAUUCGAGCUUCCGUCAGCUCCCUCAGCCAAGCGGCGAAGAAGGUCGUCUCCAGGACCUGUCAUCGUCAUCAAAGACGAACCAGAGGAUGAGGAUGAAGUUCGUUUUGUAAGAGAGCAAUUAAAGCUAUUCAGAGAUCACGUUUCUGUUCUCUGUGGAUCAUCGUGUCUAACUGUGUGUAUCCUUUGUUGUCUGUGAAUUCAGGUGCAGUCCAGUGUCAAGUCCAGCCUGCCGGACAGCAGCACCGGGGCUCAAUCGAAGCCUCGGCCGCAGCAAAAGAUUCCCGCACCCGUCGCUGCGCCUGUUUCAGAAUCCAAAUCUGGGAAAGAGCAGCGUCCCCUGCCUGCAGCACAGCCUGUGUCUGAGAAGAGUGCAGAGCCAGAGGAUGAUCCCAAUGAGGACUGGUGUGCUGUCUGUCAGAACGGAGGGGAGCUGCUCUGCUGCGACAAGUGUCCCAAAGUUUUUCACCUUGCCUGUCACAUUCCCACUCUGAAUGAGUCUCCAAGGUGAGAGACAGACAGUCUCCAAAGCUGCUUUUGAAAUGUCACUUGAAAUACUCUUUAUUUUGUAUGAAUAAACAUGAAGCUACCAUCGCUGAUCCGACAAACACGUCCAUACUUCACUUUGGAAAAUUUGGCGAACACUUUGUUAUUUGCUUUAUUAAAAGAAAAAUGAAUAAAACGAUUUAGCAGUAUCUUUUUUUUUUAAUUGAGUCAACACAAAUAUAAAAGUUUGGUUGUAGUCUUUAUUUGCCUUUAACAUUGAAUCCUGACUAGGAAUUAUAACUUCUGCCUUGAUUAGCAGUGGUUUUCUGGUGCAGUCUGGUUAGGAAUGCUCUUUCAUGUUUUCAAACAUUCUUACAAUGUGCCUCAUGUGGGAAGUCGCCUGUACAUCAAAUUUUUUAACAGCUACAUUAGUUGGAUAUUUAUUUGUCAGUGGAGUUUUCUACACUGAUUUAGUGCAGUCAUUCUUUUGGCCAUACUCAAACAGUACUCCAUCAAGUUGUACUCCCAUGUUUGAAGUAUUUGGAAGUAUUAAGAGUGGAUUUGCAUGCCCUUUGGUCAUAGAUACUUCCAGUCUAUUAACUGUUUGAAUACUGAUGACUAAAAAGCAGUCCUUACAUCAGGUUAAAUGCUUUUCCUUCCCUGUUGUCUCUCCAUAGUGGCGAGUGGUUCUGUUCAUUCUGCAGAGACAUCGUCUCUCCUGAGAUGAUAUAUGAUUGUGACAGCAAGAGCGACUCCUGUGAGGAAUUCUCUGCAGUUGAUAGAAGGGUACGUCCACUGAGAUGUGAUGUAAAGUGACCUGUAUGAUCACUGUCAAGAAGCCUAAGCCUGGUGGUUCUGAUUUAAUCAUCAUUCUUGUGUCUUUUACAGUCAAGUUCUUCAGCCCAACAGUUUUUGAGAUGCUCUUCUGUCUUAAAAUGAUGAUGAAAUGUUUCCUCUUGUGUUUUGAUAUGCAGCGGUGUGAGAGGCUGCUACUACGCCUCUUCUGCAACGACUUCAGCACUGAUUUCCAGCAGCCUGCCUCUCCAUCUGUGAGUUGCUGUCUUCAUUAUUUUGUCAAAAAUGAACCCAAGUUGUCUCAAAUGCCUAAGAGAGAAGCAAUGCUACUGACUUUAGGUUUGUGAAAAGGCUUCCUCAUGCCUCUUCAGUAGACCAGUGGUUCUCAAGUCCAGUUCUCGAGGCCCACUGUCCUGCAUGUUUUGGAUGUUUCCCUGCUCCAACACACCUGAUUCAAAUAAUUAGCUCGUUAUAAAGCCAUUACAGAGCUUGAUAACGAGCUGAUCAUUUGAAUCAGGUGUGAAUCAAGCAAUAAGCGCGUGCACGCAUGUAAGGCGGAGCCCGCCGCAUCUGACCAAUCGCGAACAUGGACAUGUUUACAAACGAGGUGCAGGAGACGAUUAUGAGAAAGUAUGAAGAAUUCAAAUCUAUCAUAAACCUCAAAAGCAACACCGUCGCCGCUGCAAAAGCAAGGAGGGAAUGCUGGCAGAAAAUUGCCAAUUGUCUCAAUGCGUAAAUAUAGUGCACAAAAAAUCUUUGAUGCCAUUAUCACCCUGAAAUAUCACUGUUCAACAUGUGCUUUCAACAUGCACCGGACAUGUCGAAUUCAUUUCCAAGAUGAAUUCAUUCAUUUGUUCAUUCCUAUCGUUUUUACAUUUUUUGUGUGAUAUGUCGGCCACAUGAGCCUUUCAUAAAGGUGGUCAUCCGGAAAAGUAAGUGGGUCCGUGCGGUCACUGAAAACUCUCGCGCGCCGUAGUGCUCCUCGGACAAUGCGAGCACCUAUAGGUCUAUAGGAUCCUCCAAGAACGGACAAGCAAAUUUUUCGAGAGAGCUCAUUGGUCAGUGGGCGGGGUUUUUAUACUCAGUGAGUUCAAUCUGGAACCUAACCUGCCCCACAGCAGGUUAGCCGUUUAGCGUACGUUGCCAUGAAGACUCACGUCGCUAAGAAGUGAACCCCGAACUUACCCUCGAAGUUACCUCGCUAAGCAGUAAUCCUACUUCCAAGAACAGGCCCCUGGUGUGUGGGGCUGGUAACAACCUGCUGUGAGAUUUCUUUCUUGUUUAGACCUUCUGUUUCGUUGCUUUUGUUGAUUUUCCUCACAUUUUUUUGAUUAAUAAAAUCACCACCUCACUGAGAGCAGACUGUUGUCCUGGCUGUUGUUUUUUAACCUUUGGUGCUCCAUCUCAUGGUUGAGAAGACACAGAGAUCCCUUUUUGGGUAGAUUUACAAGGUGUAAUUCUACCAGGUUUCAUAAUGCUGAGGUAUAGCUGUGGGGUUUCAACAUAAAUGUGUGUCAGAGUGACUCUACCCUGUUUUAGUGACACUGUUUUGCUUGUAAGAUGGUUUUUGUAACUGAGCUUUGACUUCUUUUCAAUGCAGGAGACACGAAGGUACAAAGAGCUGAUCAAGACCCCGAUGGACUUAUCAAUAGUGAAGAAAAAGCUUGAGUCCAAAUUGAAAGAUGGUGAACUGUACAGCAGUCCUGAGGAGUUUGUCGCAGAUAUCAGGCUUAUAUUUACCAACUGUGCGAAGUACUACAAGGUAAAACUGAUUAAUCCCUUUUCUGUUUGUUGUAAGAUACAAAGCUGGACAGCAUCUGUGUUUAUUUGUUUGUAUUUAUCCAAAUUUUCUGUGUGCAAUUUGUGCAGGCCACCUCAGAAGUGGGGAGUGCGGGAUUAUACUUGGAGGACUAUUUUGAAGAGCAAUUGAAACAGGUCUACCCUGACAAGCUCUUCCCCGGGGGUAGGGAGGAGCAGAUGAUCCCUCCUCUGGAGGACGAGAUAGAUGAUGAGGAAGAAGAGAUGAUGGAGGGAGGUAUAGCUCCCAUUGAAGACGAUAAACCACAAAGUCCUGCAGGGGAAGGAAUCCCGCCUGUGGAGGAGGACUUACCUCCACUGGAAGAAGCAACCGCAGUGAUAGAGAAAGAGAUGCCAGAAAUGGAGGAGAAAGAUGAGACUGAUGAGAACAAAAAAGAGACAGACAAGGAGGCAGAAGCUAAAGAUGUAGUUGUGCCUCCAACAGAAGAGUCAGAGCAGGACAAGAAAAGUCCUGAUCAGGAGAUGGAAAGUGUCCCAGCUGCUGAAAGUGAAACAAAACAUGGAGAAGCUACCAGCUCCCCCAAAGAGGAGAUCCCUCAGCCCUCCACUGAAAAAGUGGCUGAUCCACCUGCCAAACCACCUUCAGAUCCACCUGAAGUCCAGGAGCAGGAGGAGGAACCAACCUCUGCGGAGACAGUGGAAGAAAAGGAGGUAGAGAGGAACUAAAACAUACAGAAACUCUAGAAAAAAUGGAUGGUUUUAGUCUUCCACAGAGGCAGCUCCAGUGGGGCGCUGCAUUUGCUGCAAUCUGACAAUUUUGUUUUUGGAUGUAAUAUUUGCAAUGGGGAAAAAAAAGGGUACCGCUUUACUAAAUAGUCUUAUUUAGCAGUGGUCAAGCUGUAGCUGCACUAUGAAUGGAGCAAAAAGCUCUUAAUGGACAGAGGUCACCAUUAAACUGUAACAUAAAAGAUUAUUUUCUGGGAUGAUGUUACUCCAAAGCACACAAAAGACAUUGUUUGUUGAAAGGUUUAUGGCUAAGUUAUCACUUUAUCUUGCUUAUCACCUGUAUAUAUAAUGCCAAGAAUUGAAGACGCCUGUGCUGCAAGAAAUUACGAACAAAAGACUUCAAAUUAGCAAUGCAUGUUAAGAUGCCCUGUCAUAAAUAAUACCUCUGUUUUUUUAUUUUGUUUUGUUUUGUUUCAGGACUUCUGCUUGUCAUAAAGAUAACGCAUACGUCAUGUUUGAGAUAGAACUGAUGUCUCAAUGCUGGGUAUUCAAUGAAUGGAGAAACUUUCUGUAUAGCAGUGUCUGUACAGAGAAAAGGGCCACGUUUAUCAAAUAGCAUUUAAUUCAAGUGUCGCCAGUUUUAGGUCUCUUAUCCCCUCAAAAUCCCAACAAUGCUUUAUCAUAGAGCAGCCUUGAUCAUCUGUCUGUGGAGCAAUGCUCUCGACUUCAGUGGACUUCACUGUUAUCACGGUUGAGAUAACUCACAAACUUGAUCAUCACUUUCUCAUCAUUAGCCUCUGACAGCAGUGUUUUCCAACCCUACAGUAAUGUGAUUACUUUUGCAGGAAAGUAACUCUUACACGGAGAAUACGUCGGUGUCCUUCCCUGACAGUAACUAAAAAAUGUAAACAAUAGUUCUUAGACUUUCAGUGAUUUUUGUUGGAGACCUUUAAUCCCUGAACACUCAUGGAGAUUCACUUGAAGUGAAACGUCACUUCAGCCUCUGCAUAUAUACUUUAUUUUGUUCAUUGUUCUUGUUUCUAUUAUUUAUUAAGGAUACACAGAACCUGUAUGUGAAUUUUACAAACAUGCUGAGCAUUAAAAACCUGUGUUUACAAUAUUUGUAAUAAACAGAGUUGUAGUUAUGACUUUAGUCUUGUUUUUUUUUUUUUUAUUGUAAUCUUAAUCAGUUUCGUGUGUGUGUGUGUGUGUGUGUGUGUGUGUGUGUGUGUGUGUGUGUGUGUGUGUGUGUGUGUGUGUUUAUUGCUUUUGUGUUUAAGAGCAACAUCUAAAUUCCGUCUAGAAAUAUACAGAAUCUAGACGUUCAAGUUAGAUCUAAAAAAUAACGACGUCUAAUAACCACCUAUUGCUCAGUGGGAUCAGUUUAAGGGGUCAGGAGGUAAUUCAUAAAAGCAGCGGUUGUGAGAUGUUUUUG